CCCACAAGCACAUUCAGUAACGAUUUUAUUUCUUCUUUUCUAUUCUUAUUUUUCUCAUUUAUCUUCAUUACCUCUUAUUUCGGAAAUUUCCUUCAGUAAUAAAGCAAACCACAAUGUCUCCCGCAUUUGUCAAGAUCAUCAUUGCUGCUCUUGCAGCCGGAGUCACUGCGCUCCCACAGAGCAUGAACACCACCUCUACAACCUCAGGUGCUGCUCCUACCGCCACCGAUGGCAACGCUGCUCUGAUUGAGCAGCUCAAGGAUGCCCCCAAAGCUAUUGACCGCUUCAAGAAACUUCUUACCAAUAAUGGCGAGACGAUCCUAUCCGAAGAUGAGCUUCGCAAUACAGUCGUUUUUGACUUCAAUGGUGCCCAGCCAGCUGCUGGAGCUAAGGAUACAGGCGGUGCGCUAAAAUCCGCUCAAAUCGACACCUUCCCCAUCCUGACCGAUCUGGGCAUCAGCACAACGAUGGGUUUCCUCUCCGCCUGUGGCCUGAACACCCCACACAUCCAUCCACGGGCCUCAGAAUUCCUGACCGUCGUCGAGGGCGAGCUCGACUUCGGCUUCAUCGUCGAAAACAAUCUCGUCAAGAGCGGCAGCACCGAGGCGCGCGGUCACCUCAGCAAGUUCAAUGGUGCCGUGUUCCCUAUGGGCUCGAUCCACUACCAGGUCAACCCGACGUGCCAGCCCGCGGUCUUCGUCGCUUCGCUCAACUCUGAGGACCCUGGCACCAGCCAGAUCGCGCAGAACUUCUUUGGCCUGGAUCCUGAUGUCGUGAAUGCGACGUUGGGGUUCCCGAAGCAGCUUGAUGGGAAGGAUAUCGAGAGCUUCAAGAACCAGAUUCCGGUGAAUGUCGCGCUGGGAAUUGAGCAGUGCUUGGAGAGGUGCAGUAUUAAGAAGAGCUAG